UGGUGUGAUGCUUCUAUUGGCCAUUAAUAACUGGCGCAAACAGUUCACUUCCGCGUUGUAAUGUUUUGCGAGUUGAUUUGCCGGACAGUAAGUGUGGUUUAGUGCAAUUGUAAUUUCAUGGCGAAGAGACACGCCGAAGACAUUUUAUUUUUCAAACCACCCGCGAAGAGAAGCUUCCGAUCUCUUUGCCAGGUUGACCAGCAGUUUGAGAGCAUAGGUAUUCACGAGGACUUGAGCCCAACGUGCACACAAGCUUCGUCGGAUGGUCAUAGCCGAAAAAGGUCGUGUUGCUUAGGGAAUCCAGACGUGAAAGACGAAAGAAUAAUGUAUCCCAACAAGACCACACAACUUGACUCUCGCGACAAAAAUGCGUCACGUGCGCAGACGUCUAGAACUGUCUCUAUCACGCCGUCAUGUUCCAGGAAACGGCGCCGACAAGACGCAGCUGAUUUAAAGACUGCACCAGCAAUAAUGAAUGAUCAAGCAGAUACUGAUCCUGAGUUUUGCGCUUACAACUCUUUUCAGUUCUGGAGGGCCCCUUUGCCUGAGGUUGACUUUUCACUGCUGGAUGAGUCCAGUGGACAGAGCCAAACAAAACACAAUUCAGAUGUCAAAAACUCUUCUGAGCCAAUGGAGACCUGAAAAUGAAGAAUGGCAGCGAGAAGAUAAAAAGAUAGUUCCAGCGAGGUUAUACUUGCACAUAGAGACAAACGGUCUGCUAGCAUCUCAUGACUCAAAUGUGAAAAUGCUGCAACUGUAGAUCAGUGAUUAGCACAUUUGCCAGCUAUUUUAUCCAUCUCCAAGUAUCUCUAGAUACAUCACAUAUGGGCUGUGUGCAUGCUAUGUUGUUGUAUAAAUGAGAGAUUAAUUCCUUUGUUUCCACCCUUGGCCAUCUCUGUGUGGAGUUUGCAUGUUCUCCCCGUGCAUGCAUGGGUUUUCUCCGGGUACUCCGUUUUCCUCCCACAUUCCAAAAACAUGCUAGGUUAAUUGGCGACUCCAAAUUGUCCAUAGGUAUGAAUGUGAGUGUGAAUGGUUUAUAUGGUCUAUAUGUGCCCUGUGAUUGGUUGGCGACCAGUCCAGGGUGUACCACGCCUCUUGCCUGAAGUCAGCUGGGAUAGGCUCCAGCAUAUCCGCGACCCUUGUGAGGAAAAGCGAUAGAAAAUGAAUGAAUGAAUUAAUUCCUUUGUUGUUUUGUAGUUAUGAUUAAUAUGUCAGUAUUUUUUUUUACCAGUCAGAGCAAAUUUUCCCAUCACCUAAUUUACAAUAAACUAUUUCAUUUUUAUUACUUUAAAUGUGAUAUUUUAGUAAUACAUGUGUGUGUAGUAUCCUUGGACUUUUUUAUAAUCAAAAAGCUGCUUUUUGGCCAUAAAUAGUUUAUCAUUUGUCUAGCAUGUUUUACCCAUGACAAAAUCAAAAGGGGCACUUUUUUCAGGAUUUGGCUGGUCCUGCGACUUAUACUCCGAGCAACAUAUAGACUAUAUAUUGCUUGUGUUUUUGCACACUGACAGCCACGAGAGGGCGCCCUUGGCUUGCGUGCCAGUAUGGGCUAUUCCUGUCACUCCUGUACCAGUGAAAAUUGACGAGGUAAACAUAAACUGAGAAGGAUGGAACACCUAAUGCUCCCCAGAAGAAUAUAAUGUUCUGCAGAUUACAAAAUGCAAGUAAACUAUUUAUGUUUUGUUGUUUUAAACCAAUACUACACCGAGAAACUUUUCCAAACUCAAAAAUAAAAGCACAGCGUAGCUCCAAUACGUAGUUUUGCUUUUGGUAGUGGCCUGAGGUACUGUGUGCGCAGCACUGAUGCAUGGUCCUGUGUUAAAAAGUUAUUGGCACGAAACCUAAUAACUGGUGGCGCUACCAGCAACAACUGUAAUCAAGCAUUGAUAACUUCCUAUGAGUCUCUUGCAGCGCUGUGUAGGAAUUUUGGCCCACUCAUCGUUGCAGAAUUGUUGUAAUUGAGCCACAUUGGAGGGUUUUCGAGCACAAACCACCUUUUUAAGGUCAUGUCACAGCAUCUCAACAGGAAUAAGGUCGGGCCUUUGACUAGGCCACUUCAAAGUCUUCAUUUUGUUUUUCUUCAGCCAUUCAGAGGUGGACUUGGGGAUCAUUAAGAUGUUGUCUGGCAAAAUUGAGACAAGCCUUAAAGUUCUUUUUGUUCAGAGGUUGUUGUCGUCUUGGAACUCUGUCAUUCAGGUCAUUUUUGUCCAGUGUUUUUCUUAUGGUGCAAUCACGAACACUGACCUUAACUGAGGCAAGUGAGGACUAUCCCUAGCUCAGAUAGCUUAUUAAGUUAGAUCAUGAUCAUCUUUAUAAAGGCAAAAUGACUUGAUGCAAUUAUUAUUUGAUUGCACAAGUGUAUAGCUAUAGCAAUGUGGCUGUGUGUUCUGUUGUGAGAGCAAGACGAGAACUUUGGAGAGAGAAAGAUAAGUUGUUCGAAGGCGUAACUCUUGCAGUAUUUGAGAAACUCUCAUUGCCCUUUGGAACUCUAAUAGCUGAUAAAGAAAUACCUUAGGGCACCGGUCUUAAGAUAAAGCAUUCACAUAUAGCCAUGGUAAGUUGUUUAUUAUUCUUAUUAACUUACUUUACAUAGUGCUAGAAUGAAGUGUAGUUUGUGAAUUGAUGGCUAAAACGUGAUGCUCUUCUGGCUGUCACUACGACUACCUUUAACAAAGUAACAAUCGGAACAGUGUUCGUUAAAAGGGUGCCUUCUGUCACAUUCAGCUAAGAUUUUGUGCAGUGUUACCCCAGCAUGCACAGAUAUGGUGGCAGGUUGGUUCAAUAAAGUCUUUAGUUCACAAAAGAUCAGAUCACACGUAGUGGUGUGGCACACAAAAGCAAAGUACCAAAAUAACAAAGAAGGCUGGGACACAGCUAAGGCUAGCAUAAAACUCACUAUGGGAGAUGGAAACAAGAAUAAUACCAGGAAACAGCUAACAUAGCUAAGAUGUAAUGGAAUGCAUCCAAUACACAGGUAACAGGAGGGGAACUAAUGAACCAGCAACUACAAGAAAACCUGCUGAGCUAAAUGGGAGCCUAAUUAUAAAUCUAGGACUGCUAACCAGUGUAAAUGUAAUGCGUACAGUCCAAAUAGGAAUCAGCCUUAACAAAAUAAAAGCAAUAAACAGGUAAUAAUGCCAAAAAAGAGUUAAACAAAGUCCAAACCAUCACGAUAGCAUAUACAGAAAACCUAUUGGGUUGCUCAUGGAAAAUAUUUUUUGCUGAUGCCUUAGUUAUUCUAACUGAUGGUGAUUUUCAUUGGGCAAUACUGGAAUUAACAUACUGUAACUCAUUUCAAUAGUCACAUUCACUGUAUUAAUACUAUUUGGGGUUUGCAGUGGAUGUUUGUGUGCGUGCAUACGUGUGUGUGUGUGUGUGUGAGAGAAACACGGAGCGCGCCAACCCUAAACAUGUACACAAAUCUCAGGAAAGGGAUGUGAUGUGUGAUGUUUCCGACCAACAAUACAUCAUUUCAGGCCAUUGUUAAAUGUUGCUGGGAAACGGUGCUCAGGAGAGAUACAGACUUUGGGAAACUGUUUAAAGUGGGAAGAAAAUACCACAGUCAGCUUGACUUUUAUAUGAUACCUUGCUGGUGGAGAUCGAAGAUGCUGCCAUGAGCUUCAAUGACAAGUUACGCAGGUCUUGGAUUGAAGAAACGUUCUCCAAGAGAGAAUGUGUGCGGUUUAUCCCUUCCUCUCGGGAUCUGCACAGAUGCAAUCCAUUAUGUCAAGUAUGCCAAAACUUGAUCAGAUGCGUUUGUGGUCGCCUGAUGCUUGAACACUCUUGGAAAGAGUCCCCACCCCCCACAGUCAUCGCUCCUGCUGCUGGACAGGAUGGGACAGAGGACUGGUCCAUGGAGCUACAUACCCGAGUCAGUCCCACAGAUGCCUAUGGGACCAUAGACUUUCAGGACAGUGCAACACGUGUCUGUCGGGCCAAGUAUGUGCGCGUGGCUGUGGACACAAAGCCUGAGGCACUUCUCCAACUGAUGCUGAGGGAGUGGCAGAUGGAAAGACCCAAGCUCCUACUUACUGUUCAUGGAGGCUGUGAAAACUUCACACUUCCUACCAAACUGAAACAAGCCUUCAGUAAAGGCCUGAUCACAGCAGCUCGCAGCACAGAUGCAUGGAUACUUACUGAUGGUAUCAAUACUGGUGUGUCCAAGUAUGUAGGUGAAGCAGUGAAAACAUUUGGUGGACACAACCUGAGGAAGAGAAGCACAGUUGGGAUUACACCAUGGGGAGUGAUUGACAACAAUAUAGACCUAAUAGGACGCAAUGUCUUCAGGCCUUACCAGCCACUGGGGAACCCUUUGAGCAAGAGGGCCUGUUUUAAUAGUUUUCACUCCCACUUUCUCCUUGUGGAUGAUGGAACUUUGGGGAAAUCUGGUUGCCAACAAGGCCUCAGGAGGAAGCUGGAGAAACACAUUCAGCUGCUGAAGAUCCACCCUCGAUUGAACCAAAGAGUCCCGAUGGUCUGUGUCGUAGUUGAGGGAGGCCCUGCCAUUGUAUCGACAGUGCUGGACUACGUCAGCCAUAACCCCCCUGUGCCAGUAUUUGUGUUUGAGGGAUCUGGCAGGGCUGCUGACUUGCUUGCGUUCCUACACAAGCAGACAGAUAUUGACAGGGAGUUAGAUGAAGAUAUUAAACAGGACUUCCUUGUAAGGAUUGGAGAGGUGUUUGGAGUAGACAGAAAGGAGGCCUUUGGUCUCUGCACUCUGCUCUUGGAAUGCAUGGAUCACAGACAAUCUAUAACCAUAUUUGAUUUUGAGUCAGAAGACCACAUGGCUCCAGAUGUAGCCAUUUUGACCGCCACGCUCAAGGGCACAAAGGCCAGCUCUGCAGAGCAGCUGAAUGUGGCUCUAGCAUGGGACAGGGCUGACAUUGCACAGAAAGAUGUUCUACUGUAUGGACAACAUUGGCAGGUUGGUUCCUUGGAACAGGUCAUGCUGGAUUCUUUGGUGAUGGACCGUGUCAGUUUUGUCAAACUGCUGAUUGACAACGGCAUGACAAUGAGUCGCUUUCUCUCCGUGGAUCGCCUGGAGGAGCUUUAUAACACGCCUUUGGGUCAGACAGGACAUUUUCUUCACCACCUUGUUGAGGAUGUGAAGCAGACCUCUCUACCUUUAGGUUACCGGUUGUCUCUCAUUGACAUGGGCCUGGUUAUAGAGUACCUCAUCGGAGGGGCAUACCGCAGUACUUAUACACGUAAACACUUCCGAGCUACCUACAACCUGCUGCAAGACAAAGAAGGAAGACGAGUCAGUACUUCUUCUUUGUACAAACAAAAAAAGGGAUUGAAACCAAACAUACAGAGGAGCAGAAGUCCUCAGGACCAAAAUAUGCCACAUGGUACCAGUGGAGAGGCCGUGUGGAGCCCUGGUCUUUGUGAAGCACCGCUUCCUUCCUUCAACUUUAACGACCUCUUCGUGUGGGCCGUGCUUCAGCAGCGGCAGCAGAUGGCGAUGUUCCUGUGGCAGCAUGGUGAGGAGGCACUUGCUCGGGCAAUAGUGGCCUGCAAGCUUUACCGCUCCAUGGCCUUCGAAGCACAGCAAAGCACCAUGAAUGACAACAUUGCAGAAAAUUUCAAAGCAUAUUCCCUUGAAUUUGGACAGCUGGCGGUGAAUGUUUUAGACUGUGCAUUUCGCCAGAAUGAGAAAAUGGCCAUGAAGUUGCUCACUUCGGAGAUGGAGGCAUGGAGCCACUUUACCUGCCUCCAAAUAGCAGUUUCUUCCUGUCAUCGACCGUUUGUGUCACACUCUUGUACACAGACCCUCCUCACAGAUCUCUGGACCGGUCCUCUCAAUAUGAGGAAAAACUCCUUUCUGAAGAUUAUUUUGAGCCUUCUUCUGCCUCCUGCUAUCUUGCUUCUGGAAUUCAAAAGCAAAGCUGAAAUGUGCCAUGUCCCCCAGUCUCAUGAAGCAAUUCCAUUUGUACGUGACACUCCAAAGACAGGAGCAACUCAUGAAGAACCUGAUCACCUGGGUAACCAGGAUGCAGAGCAUGGACCGCCAUUCCACGACCGAUGUUUGGGUUCAGUUUCUGAAUGCCUUUCCCCAGUCACUGUGCACUGUGUGUCCUGGAUCACAAGACUCUAUGAAUUCUACACAGCUCCCGUUGUUAAGUUUUGCUUCCAUACAAUGUCAUACCUCACCUUCCUGAUGUUGUUCUCCUACACCAUCUUAGUAAAGAUGGGUGAUGAACCCAGCAUCCAGGAGUGGCUGGUCAUUUUGUAUAUCACGUCGACUGCAGUGGAGAAAACCAGAGAGGUACUAAUGUCAGAACCAAGGCAGCUGAGACAGAAGCUGAAGAUUUGGUUCUCGGAGUACUGGAACGUAUCUGACUUCAUUGCUAUCAUUGUCUUCCUGGCUGGUUUGGUGAUGCGUUGGCAUGCUGAGCCAUACCGGACAGUUGGACGGAUCACCUAUUGUCUGGAUAUUGUAUUUUGGUUCGUAAGGCUUAUGGAACUGCUGGCUGUCAAUCAACAUGCUGGUCCUUACCUCACAAUGAUCACCAAGAUGACGUCUAACAUGUUCUUUAUUGUGGUCAUGAUGGCAAUAGUGCUGCUGAGCUUUGGGGUGUCCAGGAAGGCCAUUUUAUCACCGGAUGAGGCCCCAUCAUGGAGCUUAGCUCGUGAUGUAGUGUUCCAGCCUUACUGGAUGAUCUUUGGAGAGGUCUACGCUUCUGAGAUAGAUCCGUGUGAUGAUGGUCAUCCAUGUCCUCCUGCUUCUUUUCUCACGGCAUUCCUUCAGGUGGUCUAUAUGUUCUUUCAGUAUGUCAUCAUGGUCAACAUUCUCAUUGCAUUUUUUAACAACAUCUACUUUGACAUGCAAUCAACAUCCAAUAGAUUGUGGAAGUACAAUCGCUACCGCUACAUCAUGACGUAUCAGGAUCGACCGUGGCUGCCGCCACCCCUAAUUCUCCUCAGUCACAUGACUCUUGGUUUGCGAGCCAUUUACAGCCACUUUAAUGGCGAUGCCGAGGGGGAGGAGAAAGGCUCUGGACUUAAACUCUACUUGGGCCACGAUGACCGUAAGAAGCUCCAUGAAUUUGAGGAGAAAGUUGUACAGGCCUUCAUCCAUGAGCAAAAUGAAGAUUCCCACCAAAGUCAGAUGAAGAGGAUUAGAGUGACAGCUGACAGAGCAGAAGAGAUGUGCACCAUAGUGGGAGAAGUCUCUGAAAAGGUCAGCGUCAUUCAUGACAGUCUUGUGGACCUGGACUGUCGGCUGGGUCAACUACAGGACCUGUCAGUUCUGGGGGUGGACACAAUAGCCCUGCUUUCUGCUUCUGACAACCUACAACAAGAGGAGGCUCGCCUGGCCCAGUGCCGACCGAUCACAGCAUCCCAGCACGUCUUCCCUCACAGCUGGACUCUUUUCCACAGAAGUGGUGCAGACUAUGAUGUGGCUAAUAUGAGACGACUGGGGUCCAAGCCUUGUAAAAGUACUCCUCCGUCAUUGCUCAAAGGCUACACACUUAGAUGUACAUCACAGGAGCCCCACCUGGGAAUCAGAUGGAGCAGUGGAGGAAGAGAAGGACAGACUGAGGAGAGAAGUGAAGGAAAAAAGGAGGAAUCACCUGACGCUCCCCAUUCCAUCCCGGGCAUUUCUCGAACUUCAUCCCACUCAUCGUGUUUGCACAUUCAUGCAGUUGGAAGCCAUUUGAGUGGUUUGGGUGAUCUGACACCUUAUGAGUCAUAUGGACCAUCUCGCUGUGGGUCUCCUCUUUCUCUCAGGUUUAGUGACAAAGGCUUGGAGUCACUGCAUUAUAAAUUGUGGAGCUGUGACGCACUUCUAAAUCGUGAGGAGAUUGGCAUGGAAGAGGAGGAAGAAGAAGAAGAAAGCGAAGGAGAUGAUGAAGAAAAAGAACAGAAGGCAGAAGACCAUGAACAUCUAUAUGGGCCAAUUGUUCUUUCUGAACAUGGAAACAUCUCUAAGACUUUAGCAAAGCCUAUCUUCUGUCAGGAGGAUUGCCAACUGGAUUUCCAGACCAGACCUUCUCUAAAAUCUUCAAGGUGGCCCUAUCUGUCGAGAAACCACCCUUAUGGCUACAGCAGAUCUCUGUCAUCUAGUGUAGAGAAUAUGACAUUCUCUGGGGGAUCCCUGAGUCCGAGGGGAUCAGUUCCUACCCUUAUGGAACCAAUGAACAAGCACGUUGCAAAAAGAAGUUUCAGCAAUGACACAUCAUUACAGUGGAGCAGAGGCAGAGAGUGGUCCAAGUCAUCUGACUUCACCCAAGUCUUGAACAGAAGAAGAAGCCCAAACAUGAAGACUGUCAAAAUACAAGACAGCUGCCCGCACAGUGAAACUGUACCGACACAAUCCUCUGAUGCUUGCUGGAAAAGAUGGAAAAGAUUGAAAGGAGAACCUUCAUGUUGGUCAGCGUCAACUAGUCUUAGUCAACUCAAUUUGGAACCCAUGGAUUUGCAGAAGCACAUUUUUUCACGGCAGGAAGUGUUUAGCCCCACUCAUUCAGCAUGGAAUAGCUGGGCUAGAUCAUUGAGCCGCAGGUCUUCGUUACAGAGCUGUGCUGUCACUGAAGGCAAGAGUUCCUCAUUCCAGUCCACUGAUACAUUGUAUCCACAUUAUUCAGCCAUGGAGAGAAACAAUUUGAUGAGACUGGCUCACUCCAUCCCUUUUACUCCAGUAUCCAUUCUUGGUGGUGAAGAAGUUAGCAUCUAUUCUUUGGAGGAGGUUUGUUCAGAGGCCGACCCUGAAUCCGACACAUCAUGGUCUUCACGGGGCCUGUCUGCAUUGCUUCAGCCCCUCCCCAGUGAGGAAGGAUCUUUGGAUGGGGGUCUGCGGCGGGGCUGCAGGGUGCUGUGCACAUGGGCUGAACAGGAUGUACUCGUACCUGGUCUGGUAUAUGUGGUCAAAGCCUUCAAACCAGAGGUGGUGUGUGCCUGGCAAAGAUACUUUCGUGGUUGUACAGCACUCCAGCUUUGUUUGAGGGAAAUCCAGCAACAGAGGGCAGCACACAAAAUGAUGCAUGCUUUCAACCAGAUAAAACCUGUCAGAAUCAAUCAUUCACCAAGAUUUCUAGAUGUUUCAUUGGUGCUUUGGCACUCAAAUGGAGAGUGGCUUACUAUAGAAAGGAAUAUGUUGGGUAACUUCAGGAAGUACAACAACAACACCGGGGAGGAAAUCGCACCUUCUUCUUCAUUGGAAGAACUACUCUUAGCAUUCUCACACUGGACUUAUGAGUACUCAUGCAGAGAACUCUUGGUGCUUGAUAUACAAGGAGUAGGUGAGGAGCUGACUGAUCCAACAGUCAUUAUGGGAGAAAAGCUCAGUGGUAGCAUGGGUGAGAUGCUGUUUGGACCUGACAACUUAGGAGAUUCUGCCAUCAACGCUUUUGUGCAAAAACACUCAUGCAGUGCCUGUUGCCACAUAUUGGGCCUGUCAGAUUUCUCGAACAAAUCAAACCAAAUUAUUCAUGAUGGAUGCAUGGACUUCCUCAAAGCCCUAUUUAAGGAGGCCUCUGGACACAUGCAAGAACAGCUGUGAGGCAGAGACCACAUCAGGAGAAGCAGAACAAGAGGAUGGCUCAAACCGGCGUGUAACCUUUGAGCCAUGAAGUACUUCCACCAUAUCAGCUCAUGUAGACCGACCACUCUGAAGUCACACCGGGCCUCCUAUCAAGAGUUCAAAUUUGUCACUGAGAAUCAGAAAUGUUGUGUUCAGUAUCAUCAAGAAAGAUGGAAUUGCUUGAUAUAUAAAGGAUCACAUUUGAUGAGUUUCCAUCAUGUGUGAGAAAUGUGAAAAUGUCAAAAAUAUUGUGCAUGUGCAAGACAAAAAAAAAAACAAGGCAGAAAUGCACCCAUAAAAUUUAUUGUAUUUUUUUCUUCCCACAACAAAAUGUCUACAAAAGCGAUAAAAUAUAGAAUUUAACAAAAAUCACUUCAGACCUUCACAUUAUAUGUACACAUAUCAAAGGAGGACUCAGUAAAGGGCCCUGCAUAGCUCUGAACUUUUACCCAUUCUUAUCCAUCACAAUUAGGUAUCUGUGACUCAAUUAAAUGCAAAUUUAUACAUGCACACACACACACAGGCGCGCACACACGUACUAUCAUUCUGAUGUGAAAAUGAAACUGCACAGAGGAGCUCCUGGAUUGAUAGAGUCAGAGCUCAGAGUCCUGCAGAGUCCUCCAUUACCAAAUGAAGAAAGCAUAAAAUGUAAAAACUGUUCACCAGUGUAAUCAAAUGCACAUUUUCCUUGGAGUUUCCGCUUUGAAUGAUUGGUUUCUCAAGUAAGCUCGGACAGUAAAGCAUCUACAGCCCAGUCUUCCAACCAUUCCUGCUCUCACUAGCUAUGGCACUUUAAAAACAACAGAAAAAAAAAAUCCUUUUUUUAUAUAUACUUUUUUUGAGUUUUGUUUCAUGUGUCCUGUGUACAAGAGGUUCUGUAAGCUCAAUGACCUGAUUGAGGUAUUGGUUACAGUGCUACAUUUUGUUUUAUUUGCUCUUGCUUGAACGCAAAGACAUUCUAAACAAUAAAUUAACAAUGUUCAACACUACUUCAAUUGCACGCGUCUGUAAUGCAUGGAGAAAGCUUACAAAGCAUUGGUCGAGCAUCUCAGUCUCACAGUAUCGCUGUCUCUCUCUCACACGCACUCACUCAGGUUCUUUUCAAGAAAAGUCGGAGGGCUUAUGGGUGGAGUGUGUUUAACAAAGUGUAUAGAAGAUGUAUUUCAAAACAAUGUAUUACAAUGUCUGUGCAGUUUU